AUGCAGUGUUCUUGGAAGUCCGUGGUGCUGCUAGCAUUAGCCUCCAUAGCCAUCCAGUACACGGCCAUCCGCACCUUUUCCACCAAACCUUUAAGCCUGCUGUGCUCCGUGGGCCUGGCACCCACGGGCCACGCCGUCAACUGCAGCCUCAGAGAUCUGUCUCGGCUGGGCCAGGAGACGCUGGAGGCCUCGGACCAAGGCUGUGAGGAGAUCCCCUCCCCCACACCUUCCUCCCCCUCCGUCUCCCUCCCGCCCUUUAACGCCAGCAAGAGAACCCACAUCCUCAUCCUGGCCACCACGCGGAGCGGGUCCUCGUUUGUGGGUCAGCUGUUCAACCAGCAUCCUGAGGUCUUCUACCUGUUUGAACCUCUGUAUCAUGUCCAGCUGGCGCUGCUUCCUCGGCUGGCGCAGAGGAACCUGGCUGAGAGGAGGGUGAUGCUGGGAGCAGCCAGAGACCUGCUGAGGUCCCUGUACCACUGUCACCUCAACAGUCUGGAGAAUUACAUACGACCCCGUCCCGCCAAUCACUCCACUGACAAGCUGUUCAGACGAGGAGCUAGCCGGUCUCUGUGCACCCCCCCUGUGUGUGAGGCUCCUCUGGGCCGAGAGGGGCAGACCCUGGUGCUGGCUGAUGAGGGGGAGUGUGUGAGGAGGUGUGGGCCGCUCAAUGUGUCGCUGGCUGCUGAUGUCUGCAGAGCAAAGCGCCACGCAGCCAUCAAGACGGUCCGGAUUCCGCAAAUCAGCGACCUCAGAGCGCUGAUUGAGGACCCAAGACUAAACCUGAAGGUGGUCCAGCUUGUUCGAGAUCCACGUGGCAUCCUGGCAUCCCGUAUUGAGACAUUUCGAGACACUUACCGGCUGUGGCGCCUGUGGAGAGCAACGGGACGUCGACCCCACAACCUGGACCUGGGACAGAUCAACACAGUGUGUGAGGACUUCCUCAGGUCUGUGUCUGCAGGCCUGGCAAAACCUGCCUGGCUCAGAGGGCGGUAUAUUCUGCUCAGGUAUGAAGACUUGGCCAGAUUUCCACUCCAGAAGGCCAGGGAGCUCUACAGCUUCCUUGGUCUGGAUAUGGACCACAGUGUGGAGGACUGGAUCAUCAACAACACCCGGGGCAGCAGUGAUCUGUCAUCCCGGCAGAAAUUCACCACCGUUCGGGACUCUGCUGCUAACGCGGAGAACUGGAGGGUGAAGCUGUCCUUCGACAUGGUGGUUUACACUCAGACUGCCUGCCAACCGCUUCUUGAGCUCCUCGGAUACAAGACAGUCUUCCACCCCAGAGAACUGAGAAACCUCUCGCACUCUUUGGUGGAGGACAGGACGUUCCUCCCAUUUUUUUAA